AUACAGAAAAUUGGCAUUGAAAUGGCAUCCCGACAAAAAUCCAGACAAUUUGGACGAAGCCAAUCGGAAAUUCCGUGAAAUUUCCGAAGCAUACGAGGUCUUAUCGGACGCAAAAAAGCGUAAAAUCUAUGAUACACGCGGUACGAACAAGAGUUCAUAUCAUAGCUACAGUCAUCAUCACAACCACGAUUAUUCGUCGUCAUCACCACAUCGACGUGGGAAUCGUUAUUCUGGCUUUACGUUUCGAGGAUUCUUUGAGCCAACACCAUUUUAUAAAAUCUUUGAGAGAAAGCGACGUGUAUAUGAUCAAUAUGGAAAAGAUGGAUUGCUCGGACACAAUGAACGCUCUCAUCGGUCUCGACGUCACGACUAUGACGAUUUCGAUUUUGGAUUUGUGUUUCGUUCACCCGAUGAAGUAUUCAGAGAGUUUUUCGGCGUCAAUUCACCAUUUGCUGACCUAUUUGGUGACGACUUAGGCUAUGGUCGACGUGGUGGCCAUCGGCAUUCACAUCCUCAGAACAGUACGUUGUUAACAUCGUUUAUUAAUCCGUUUAUGGGCGUUUCGUUGAUGGACGACUUUUUUGGUCGAGCACCUGCAUCAAAUGGAUUCACAUCAAUUUCGUCAAUGUCAUUUAGCAAUGCGCCCGGCAACAGUAACAUGAAACGAACAUCCACCUCCACCACAUUUGUCAAUGGCAAAAAGCUUAUGACUAGAAAGAUCUUCGAGAACGGCAAGGAGACGGUGUUAAAAUACGAAAACGAUGUAUUAAAAUCGAAGACUGUGAAUGGUGUGCAGCAAGCCAUUACUUAUUAAAAGCGAUUACCUAUUAGACAACAUUUCACUUCAUUUAUAUAUCAGCGAUUCACACCACCUUUAUAAACAAGAAGAAAACAAAAAUCAAUGUUUUUCACGUAGUUUUUACCCCCUUUUUUUCUUAUAAUUCAUCCAAAUGGGUGUACUGCCAUCAUUCUCAAUAUGAAGAAAAGGCGACAGAAUGCGUGUACAAACCAACAACAAUCCCAUUCACUUCUCCUUUAGAAUGCUGCAGUUAAAUUUAAUUUAUUUUCCAUAUCUUAAAAUAAAAAAAAGCAUAAUUAAUGUUUAGCUAUAAUUAAUUACUAUUUGAUAAACACAUUCAAUGGCAUACACAUUUUAUUGGACAUAUUAUUUCGUGAAACACAUCUUUUUUUAUGUAACAUUGAAUCCGAAAUUGUCCAAUAACUGAAUUGUCGUGUGCUUGAUUUCAUGGCGCUAGAGCGAAAAAACGAACAAAAAAUCCAUGAAUAGACAACAAAACAAAAACCGAACAGUGAAAAAAAGACAAAAACAUUUUUUUAACGAUUUACUUGCUAUAUGUAGUCAACACAAUAUUGAAACACAUUUAGUCAAACAAAUUAUGUUGCAGUCGAACGAAUCAAAAGAGAGAGAGAAAAUAAUACAGAGAAGCCAAUUGAUUUUAAUUGCAACUCUUUGUAUACACAUAAAAAGCCGAGAAAAAAAAUGUUUUAAACGAUCGAUUUAACGAAAAGAGAAUAAAAGAGAGAGGAUAGGCUCGGAUGCAGUUUGAAUAAACAAAAAAUGCAAUUCAAAUUCAAUUUAAAAAAAGAGCGUCAAUAUUUUGAUUUGAAAAGGUCUUUGAGUUGUGUGAAUUAGCUAAAUUUUUCGUGCAAAAUGUUCACUUAGUUUUACAACCAAUUUGUUCGUCUUUUAUUUUGUCCAAUUAAGUAAAAUGUAAGAAUAAUUUGUGUUUAAAUUCAGAAACGUCACAAACAAAUUUGAAUUUAUGAUAUUUUUGCCAAUAGCCAAAAAAUCUCAGCUGUACUCAAAAUACGAGAAAAAAUCAAUCAAACAAAAAUCAGAAAAAAACUGCGAAAAUUGUCAAUUUAUACAUAACAUUCAAAAUCUCAUUGUACUCUCACAAAAAAAAUAAGCUACUUUAACUUAACGAUAACCGAAGUUUAUUCUCGAAAACGAAACAACAAAAAAAUUACUUUAAAUGAAUAUAAAGAAAAAUGUGCGUAGUUUUAGUGUAAUUACUUAUGCGUGUGCGUGCGUUUGUGUGUGUGUAUGUUUAUCAAACUGAUUCAAUUGAGCCAAUGUGGAAUUGAGGGAACAAGAACGAAUUAAGAGAUCGCAAAAAAUUAUUUCUUGGAUGCAACAACAAAAAUCAAUGGAUUAUAUACGAUUUCGGCACUUGCACAGUCAUUUCGAAUUCAUAAACGCAAGCCAAAACAAUAGAAACAAAUUGAUGCCAAACAUCGUUUAUUUUUUCGAAUGUAGACAGAUUUAGAACGGGAAUCUCUAGAAAUAAUGAAUAUAUGCUGAAAACGAUGACGAUUUGGCAAAAAAAAAAUUCAAUUUUAAAUGUCUGUGUAGUUCAAUUAAAAUGAUCUCUCUCAUCCACAUUAAGCCAACAUUCAUUCAGCAUCAUUGAAGCUAUCGCUUCUGGCAGCUGACUCUCAUGUAAUUACAUGAUAAAAGACAAGAAGAUUGUAGCGAGAUCUUAGAUGAGUACGAAUAUGGCGAUGAAUUUGUGACUUUGACUGAUCCUGAGAUAGACACAUUGUUAGCUAAACUGAAAAUGAAUUGUUGAUCCAAUUUACAUGAUAAGAAAAUAUUUGAUAUCUAGAUAUAAUAAUUGUGCUUUCUUUAUAAUUUUCCGUUUUAAUUUGCAUCACCACUCGAAACUAAGCAUAACCAAAAACAUUUAAUACACUUCUUUUCUACAACAUACUUUUUGAAUAUCAAAAUUCGGAAUAGAAAUGGAGUGCACACACAUAACAUAACUGUUUGAAUAGAUCACUAUAGGAAAUUGUUUAGCACACGGACAAAACGAUAUAUGUGAGGCAAUAGUCCAAAGAUUAUAAAAUUGAAAUAACAUCUACAGAUAUCGCGCGCAUAGAAUGAUUUAACAUAGAAUAGCAACUUUGCUUCCCAAGCACUUAAUUAGUCUGAUUUAAUUCACUGCAAACACAAUGUGUUGAAGCAAACAACUUGAUAAUUUGUUAUUGUUUUUAGGAAAAAGACCGUUCUUUUUUAUUCGAAACUGUAUAAGGUUAAUUAUUUAAUGCCACAUUGACAGGUACCUUUAAGUUAGCUUUUUUUUUUGUUUUCGAAAAAAAGAAAUUCGUUCUCGUCUCUGCUUCGAAUAGCCCACGACCUUGUAUAUUUGAUCAUAUUACAUAUUACUUUCUCUAGACUGCUGAUAACGUUUUUAUUUCGUACCACAAUAUCAAGAGUUAAAAAUAUGAUACAACAAUGAUGGAGAAUAAAUCUUAAAGUUAAUUAUUUGCCAUAACAGCAAAAGAUCAUUAAUCAAUGUAUAAAUUUAAGAAAAAGCAAAUAAAAUGGAUAUACAAAUUUA